AUGCGGGCCUUCUGGGCCAGCACCAUAUCUUUCUUCCUUGCCUUCUUGGGCUGGUUUGCCUUGGCGCCCUUGGGCCUCGAAGUUGCGACCAGCAUGGGGACGUGCGAGAACCAGCUCUUCCCUCCUACGGACUUCCCAACGCGACCAGCCUACCUGAAGUUCAAGAACUUGAAGAGUGGGCUGAGCUAUUGCCAGUAUGGGGUUCUCAAGGAGGACGGCAAGCCGAUCGACUGCGAGGACGUGCCAGCAGAUGUGGUGAGUGGCGCCGAGUCAACGGAUGAGCAGAAGGAGAAGUACAGGCCGCAGGUGCUGGCAAAGUGCGUGUGCACCCCGGGCACGGAAUGUAAGUCGGUGAUUGCGAAUGCCGGCGUAGCCUCCGUUGCCUCGACCAUCUUCGUGAGGGUUGCCUUGGGGACGCUCCUCGAGCGCUUCGGUCCGGUAAACGUUCAGUGCGGCUUAAUGUCCUUUGGGGCCUUCUGGGUGGCAAUGGCGGCCGCCAUUACAGCUCCAUGGAACUAUACGCUGAUCCGCUUCUUCAUAGGUUGCGCCGGCGCCACUUUCGUGACCAAUCAGUUCUGGUGCUCGCUGAUGUUUGCGCCCAAUGUUGUCGGCACGGCCAACGCCACUGCGGCCGGUUGGGGCAACUUGGGAGGCGGCGUGACCCAGAUUUUUAUGAUGUCUGUACUUUUCAACCCUAUGGUGGCAUCCGGGUUGGAGCCGAAUGUCGCUUGGCGUGUCUCCAUGGUGGUGCCAGCGGUCAUGUUCGUAGUUUGUGCCGUUUGCAUGAAGCUCAUGUGCUGGGAUAUGCCUACGGCACGCAACUACGAUCCGGCCGUGACCGGCAAGACACAAAAGCCUUCGAUGUGGGACUAUGUCGAGGUGCUGCGUGACGUUCGCGUCGUGGUCAUGAUAUUCCAAUAUUCCGCGUGUUUCGGCACCGAGCUCGCAAUGAACAAUCAGUUGGCUACGCAUUUUCGGACAUACUUCCAGAUGGAUGCAGGUGAUGCCAGCGCGCUGGCGGGUGCUUUCGGCCUCAUGAAUCUUUUCGCUCGAUCACUUGGAGGCAUCAGCAGCGAUGUGUGCUUCAAGUACUUCGGCUUCCGCGGCCGCAUUUGGGCCCAGUUCCUGGCACUCUUCUUCGAAGCUAUCUUCCUAUUCAGCUUCGGAAACGUGGACAAUUCUCAGCCUUGGUACGUGGCAUUGGCAGUCUUGGUGUGCUUCUCGCUCUUUGUGCAGAUGGCUGAAGGCACCUCCUACGGCAUCGUGCCCUUUAUGAACCGGAAGCAGCUCGCAGUGGUGUCCGCGCUUGUGGGUGCCGGUGGAAACCUCGGGGCAGUGAUUGCAGGCUUCUGCUUUUACAAGCCGAUCCAGGAUGCCCUGCUGCCUUUCCAGGUCCAUGCGGGCUAUGUAAUGUUUUGGGCGCUGCUGAGCCCAUGCUACUACUGGUCCGAGAUGGGUGGGAUGUUCCACGGACCGGCACAGAGCUCCGAGGAGGGCAAGACGCAAAGCGGUGAGUACCAGUCUCACACGGAGUCUGUGGCCACCAGUGAGAACUGCAUGUGCUGGUUUGCCUUGGCGCCCUUGGGCCUCGAAGUUGCGACCAGCAUGGGGACGUGCGAGAACCAGCUCUUCCCUCCUACGGACUUCCCAACGCGACCAGCCUACCUGAAGUUCAAGAACUUGAAGAGUGGGCUGAGCUAUUGCCAGUAUGGGGUUCUCAAGGAGGACGGCAAGCCGAUCGACUGCGAGGAUGUGCCAGCAGAUGUGGUGAGUGGCGCCGAGUCAACGGAUGAGCAGAAGGAGAAGUACAGGCCGCAGGUGCUGGCAAAGUGCGUGUGCACCCCGGGCACGGAAUGUAAGUCGGUGAUUGCGAAUGCCGGCGUAGCCUCCGUUGCCUCGACCAUCUUCGUGAGGGUUGCCUUGGGGACGCUCCUCGAGCGCUUCGGUCCGGUAAACGUUCAGUGCGGCUUAAUGUCCUUUGGGGCCUUCUGGGUGGCAAUGGCGGCCGCCAUUACAGCUCCAUGGAACUAUACGCUGAUCCGCUUCUUCAUAGGUUGCGCCGGCGCCACUUUCGUGACCAAUCAGUUCUGGUGCUCGCUGAUGUUUGCGCCCAAUGUUGUCGGCACGGCCAACGCCACUGCGGCCGGUUGGGGCAACUUGGGAGGCGGCGUGACCCAGAUUUUUAUGAUGUCUGUACUUUUCAACCCUAUGGUGGCAUCCGGGUUGGAGCCGAAUGUCGCUUGGCGUGUCUCCAUGGUGGUGCCAGCGGUCAUGUUCGUAGUUUGUGCCGUUUGCAUGAAGCUCAUGUGCUGGGAUAUGCCUACGGCACGCAACUACGAUCCGGCCGUGACCGGCAAGACACAAAAGCCUUCGAUGUGGGACUAUGUCGAGGUGCUGCGUGACGUUCGCGUCGUGGUCAUGAUAUUCCAAUAUUCCGCGUGUUUCGGCACCGAGCUCGCAAUGAACAAUCAGUUGGCUACGCAUUUUCGGACAUACUUCCAGAUGGAUGCAGGUGAUGCCAGCGCGCUGGCGGGUGCUUUCGGCCUCAUGAAUCUUUUCGCUCGAUCACUUGGAGGCAUCAGCAGCGAUGUGUGCUUCAAGUACUUCGGCUUCCGCGGCCGCAUUUGGGCCCAGUUCCUGGCACUCUUCUUCGAAGCUAUCUUCCUAUUCAGCUUCGGAAACGUGGACAAUUCUCAGCCUUGGUACGUGGCAUUGGCAGUCUUGGUGUGCUUCUCGCUCUUUGUGCAGAUGGCUGAAGGCACCUCCUACGGCAUCGUGCCCUUUAUGAACCGGAAGCAGCUCGCAGUGGUGUCCGCGCUUGUGGGUGCCGGUGGAAACCUCGGGGCAGUGAUUGCAGGCUUCUGCUUUUACAAGCCGAUCCAGGAUGCCCUGCUGCCUUUCCAGGUCCAUGCGGGCUAUGUAAUGUUUUGGGCGCUGCUGAGCCCAUGCUACUACUGGUCCGAGAUGGGUGGGAUGUUCCACGGACCGGCACAGAGCUCCGAGGAGGGCAAGACGCAAAGCGGUGAGUACCAGUCUCACACGGAGUCUGUGGCCACCAGUGAGAACUGCAUGUGA